CCGGCGAGCUGCGCUCCUGUUCCCUAUCCGGCGUUCAGCGCUGCGCAGUCCAUCCGCAGUCGUCUAUCUGCGCUGGCCAAACCCCCGCAUCAUGCCGGAACAGAUGCAGAAAUGAAGGCGUUUAAGGCACGUCCGAGGCGUGUUCCGGCAGCGGUCGUUAGGUGUGAAGCCGGCCAAGUGCGCGAGACGCGCUGCGUUGCAUGUGCAGCGCAUCCAUAGUUUCACAAUUUGUUUGCUGCGGGAGAACAAAUCGCCGGGUCUGGUCCGAUCCAUCAUUUCGGCUCGGGGAUUUAAAGAGUCGCUAAAUAUUCAAGUUCUUCAAAGCUUUACCUCUACAUAAGGAUCAACAGGAUUUCUGAUAUGGGGUGGUCCCGUGGUGGCAGCCGGCUGGUAUGUCUCCUUCUCCAAGUCUCGGUGCUGGCACUGCUUGCCGGCGCAGAGAAGAUGUGCCCCCGGGGGUGUCGCUGCGAGGGGAAGAUCGCUUACUGCGAGUCAGGAUCCUUCCAGGACAUCCCUGAGAACGUGUCCAGUGGCUGCCAGGGCUUGUCACUGCGCUACAACGGCCUGACGACCUUGCUGCCAUACCAGUUUGCCCACCUCAGCCAGCUUGUCUGGCUCUACCUGGACCACAACGCCGUCGGUGUGGUGGACAGCCGGGCCUUCCAGGGCGUGCGGCGACUCAAGGAGCUGAUCCUGAGCUCCAACAAGAUCUCACAGCUCCACAACCAGACCUUUCAUGGCGUGCCCAACCUGCGCAACCUGGACCUGUCCUACAACAAGCUGCAGGAGCUGCAGCCGGGCCAGUUCCAGGGUCUGCGCAAACUGCAGAGUCUGCACCUGCGCUCCAACGGGCUCACGGGUAUCCCCAUCCGCGCCUUCCUGGAGUGUCGCAGCCUGGAGUUCCUGGACCUGGGAUACAACCGCCUGCGUGCUGUCACACGCACUACCUUCCUGGGGCUGCUCAAGCUCACUGAGCUGCACCUAGAGCACAACCAGUUCUCCCGGAUAAACUUCUUCCUCUUCCCGCGACUCCUCAACCUGCGGGCGCUCUACCUGCAAUGGAACCGCAUUCGUUUCAUCACCCAGGGCCUCCCCUGGACCUGGCACACUCUGCAGAAACUGGACCUCUCUGGCAACGAGAUCCAAGCCCUCGACCCGGCCAUAUUCCAGUGCCUGCCCAACUUGCAGAUACUCAACCUGGAGUCCAACAAGCUCAGCAACGUGUCACAAGAGGCAGUGGCCUCGUGGACCUCUUUGAACACCAUCAGUUUGGCUGGCAACGUGUGGGACUGCGGUCCAGGCAUCUGCCCCCUGGUGGCUUGGCUGAGGAACUUCAAGGGCAGCAAGGACACCACUAUGAUAUGUAGCAGCCCCAAAUCACUCCAGGGGGAGAAGGUUAUAGAGGCCGUGAGGAAUUACUCCGUCUGUGAGGAUACGGCAACUUCGGCACCGACCUUAAUGCCGACGGACCAGCUGACUAUGGUCCCCGUGACGACCACUGUGAGACCUCCUCCCCCACCUACUCCUGCCCCCACCACACAAGCAGUCCCCACUUGGCUCAAACCCCAACUCCUCCCGCCUCUUGACUCUGGUCGUACUGACAGGGGGUUCUGGCCUCGUCCAAGUGGUGCCACAUCCCCCGGAAACUCACCUGCCACCCCCGAGCCACCGUUUGAGCACAUGUCCUUUCACAAGAUCGUGGCGGGUGGUGUUGCCCUCUUCCUGUCUGUGUCGCUUAUCCUUUUGGUCAUCUACGUGUCAUGGAAGCGGUAUCCCAGAACCAUGAGGCAGCUCCAGCAGCACUCGGCAGGCCGGAAGCGGAGGAAAAAGGCCCCAGAGGCCGAGCCGGAGUCUGGCCUGAGCCCCCAGCUCCAGGAGUACUACAUGAGCUACAACCCAACGAGCUCGGACACCAUGGACAUGCUGGUUAACGGUACAGCCCCUUGCACCUGCACCAUCUCCGGCUCCAGAGAAUGUGAGGUAUGAUCCGUCAAAAGCUCCCUCAAAAUGCUCUCCGCGUCUGGGAGUGAGAGGUAAUUUAUUUUUGUUGUUGUUGUUGUUGUUUUUUUUUUUUUUCAACAGCAGAACAUUGACUUCUGAGGGCUAAGCACCUUUGAUUCUUCUGUCUGGGCCAACAUGCUUUCAAUUAAUUUCAGGCAGCCUUAAUUACAGAAUUAGACCUGUUGUCAUGAAAAUUGUCUCCUAACAAAUACAGGAUUACUCAGAAUUAAGAGUGCCUACCCCUGAUUCAGUGUUUUUUUUUCACUAAUAACACCAUCAUCAGUCGCUUUUACAUGUGCCUCUUUUUUUGCUGUC